AUGUCCUUGUCGGAAUUGCCCUGGUCUCCUAUUGGUCCUCACCAUCCCUUCGUGGAUAAACAGAAGGUCGCCAGUCUUUACCGGAACUCUUUCUUUGCGUCCCAACUCUCUGUUCCUCCUUUUGUUGCUCCGCCUUUCGUCAACAUGAAUCCCCUCUCACCGGAGGAGAUGGAGCGCUUCCAGAAGCUGUCCAAUGAGUUUGAGCCGGAUGUUCAGGGCCCCCUGGUAUCAACCAAGCAGUCCAGCCAUGCUAUUGCGGUGGAGUAUGCCAAUGCAGAUCCCACGCUGGCAACAAAGACGGGUACCCUUGUUGUUACGCACCCGAUGACUCGGAUUAUGAAAGGAGAUGGCAACUGCGGCUGGAGAGCGGUUGCGUUCGGCUAUUUCGAAAUGCUUUUCGCUCUGCGUGAUCUAUCGCGCGUACAACGUGAGCUGGCCCGGAUCAAGUCGCUCAACACUCUCAUGGACCAGGUCGGGCAGGAGGAACAUCUUUAUGAGAUCUUUGUCGAUGCCACGGAGGAUAUCUUCGCCCAGAUCUCUGCCGCCAUCCAGAACGGCACCCCGGAUGAGUCUUUCCUUGUUGAUGCGUUUAACGAGGAGUACAGCUCGAAUUCUGUGAUCACGCACUUCAGACUCUUGACCAGCGCUUGGAUGAAACUCAACCCGCAUCGGUAUCAGGCUUUCCUGCCUCUACCGCUGGAUCAGUACUGCGCAACGCAGGUCGAGACGGUGCGGACUGAGAUCGACGAAGUCGGAUUGCAAGCCCUGGUGGAUGGUAUCAUUGAAGGAGCGGGAUUCGGCGUUGAGAUCCUCUACCUGGAUCGGAGUGAGGGCGAGGCUGUAACGCCACAUCAGCUAUCCCCCAACAGGCCCAACGUAGCGACGAUUCGUCUGCUAUAUCGACCAGGCCACUAUGACCUUCUCUACAGAGCCGAACCUACUGUGAAUAUGGCACCCGUGGUCAACUACCAAUACGCAAUGACUUCUAACUACUCCCCCUGGGAACAAGGUGCUCUCUCCUUCGACGUCAACCCCCACUUGAUGUCCAUCCCCAAUCUAAUGGCGGACCCGUCCUACGGGAUGGCCCCGUCACCCAUCAUGUCCCCGGUGUCUCCAGCAUCUGCACAACCAACCAGUCCCUUUCGAGUCUCUUCGCCACAGGAUAUGUUUCACUCCCCGGUGUCCAGCCAUGCUCCCGUUCCAUCAACCAUCCCGAUCUCCUCGCCGCCGCCACCGAUGACAUCCCUCCCGAGUCGGUCGUCGGACGGUCCGCAGAUUCGCUUGAAUCCGUUGGUUAUGAAGCCCAAUCUGAGCCGUUCGUUGCCCAUUACCACGCCUUUUAAAAAGUGA